AUGGUUGACCAACUCCGUGUCCUUCUAGUAGGAAACGGCGGCCGCGAGCACGCAAUCUCGUGGAAGCUCCUCCAAUCCCCACGAAUUGAGCACAUCUACGUCUGCCCUGGCAACGGCGGCACAGCAACCAUCGACUCCAAGGUCACAAACGUCACAACGGUCAAGGAGACCGAUUUCCCCGCCCUCGUCGCGUUCGCCAAAGAGAAGAACGUCAACUUCCUCAUCCCCGGUCCCGAGGCUCCCCUUGUCGCCGGCAUCGUAGACCACUUCGCGCAAUAUGCUCCCAGCAUCAAGGCUUUCGGGCCCAGCGAGGCCGCAGCCACAAUGGAAGGCAGCAAGACCUUCAGCAAAGACUUCAUGAAGCGCCACCGCAUCCCCACCGCCGCAUACGAAAACUUCUCCUCGUUCGACGCUGCGACAGCGUACCUGGACUCGAUCUCGCACAACGUCGUCAUCAAAGCCUCCGGGCUGGCGGCAGGAAAGGGUGUCAUCAUUCCCCAGACCAAGCAAGAAGCACACGAUGCGCUCAAAGACAUCAUGCUCACCAAGGAGUUCGGCACCGCAGGCGACGAAGUCGUGAUCGAGGAGUUCCUCACCGGCGACGAGCUCUCCAUCCUCACCUUCAGCGAUGGACACACGAUCAAGUCGCUCCCGCCCGCACAAGACCACAAACGCAUCUUCGACAACGAUCAAGGCCCCAACACCGGCGGCAUGGGUACCUACGCACCGACGCGCAUUGCACCCCCCGAGCUGCUUGCGCAGAUCGACAGGGACGUCCUGCAGCCUACCAUCGACGGUAUGAGGAACGAGGGCUUCACAUUCAGGGGCGUGCUAUUCACAGGGCUGAUGAUGACACCAAACGGUGCCAAGGUGCUGGAAUACAACGUCCGCUUCGGCGACCCUGAGACGCAAUCCUUGCUCUGCCUGAUGGAGGGCGACCUGGCCGAAGUCAUGGUUGCAUGCGCCGAGGGCCGACUCUCCGAAGUCGAUGUCAAGGUCUCGUCCAAAUCCGCCGCCACCGUCGUCGUAGCCGCCGGCGGAUACCCGGGCUCGUACGCAAAGGGCACGCCCAUGCAGCUCGAUGCUGUGCCCGCCGACACGGUGCUGUUCCACGCCGGCACCACCGUGACCGACGGCCAGCUGCGCACCUCUGGCGGCCGCGUCAUUGCGUCGACGGCUACAGCGCCCACGCUCGAGGAGGCGGUCGCGAAGGCGUACAAGGGCGUCGAGUGCAUACAUUUCGAGGGCAUGCAGUUCCGCAAGGACAUUGCCGGGCGCGCGUUGAAGAAGUAG